AUGGUUGUCGUUGGUCAGCCCCGUGAUAUGAGCAAGUGGCGGGACGAGCUCCUUGACCAAAAUGUCCAUUUCCCCAACGAGUCGGACGAGUAUCGGCGAGCGCGAGAUAAGCUCACGCAACGAGAAGAGGAGCUACGGCGGUUGACUGAGGAGGUAGCUGAGCAGCGGCGGGCGCUUCCACCCGGUGGUUACGUCAAAGAAGACUACGUUUUCGAAUCUGCAGCAGAUGGGAGCAAAGUCAAACUGUCCGAGCUGUUUGCUCCGGGAAAGGACUCGCUGGUUAUAUACAAUAUGAUGUUCCCGCGCUGGGCGGAAGAUAAACGUGCACCAGUGCCAGGGGGCAGGACCGCAGAGCUACAGCUUAUCGAACAACCGUGUCCAUCAUGUACAUCACUUGUCGAUGGACUUGCCGGGGCAGCCUUUCACUUGGCCGAGCGCACUAAUUUAGUUGUUAUGGCAAAGGCAAGCCCAGACCGGCUUCAUGAUUACAAAGAAGAACGAGGCUGGCACAACCUCCGACUCCUGUCGUCGCGCAAUAACACUUUUAAUCGCGACUAUCUCUCAGAGACGGCUGAUGGGACACAGAGGGCGGUCUUACACGUCUUUUCGCGUGACGAACAGGGCAUUCGUCACCACUGGACGAGUGAAUCGGUCUUCAAGCGCGGCGAUACUAGCUCUCUCGAGCCAAUAUGGACAAUAUACGGCGUCCUCGACGUGACAAUGGAAGGGCGUGGAGACCGCGCUGCCUACCCUAAUCUGCAGUACUAG